CCGGAGAUGACGACGCUGACGCGCCGGGGCCGGCGGGCCGAGGGCCGGGGCUCCGAGAGGAAGGGCGAGGGUGAGGAGGAGGCUGCGGACAGGGAGCUGAACGAGGACGAGCCCGACGACUCCAAGGACAUCCGCCUGACCCUCAUGGAGGAGGUGCUGCUCCUGGGGCUGAAGGACAAGGAGGGCUACACCUCGUUCUGGAACGACUGCAUCUCCUCGGGGCUGCGCGGCGGGAUCCUCAUCGAGCUGGCGCUGCGCGGCCGCAUCCGCCUGGAGCCGCUGGCCCUGAGGAAGAAGAGGCUGCUGGAGAGGAAGGUGCUGCUGAAGUCGGAUGCUCCCACUGGGGAUGUGCUGCUGGAUGAGACCCUCAGGCACAUCAAGGCCACAGAGACAGCAGAGACGGUGCAGACCUGGAUAGAGCUGCUCACUGGAGAGACCUGGAACCCCUUCAAGCUGCAGUACCAGCUGCGCAACGUGCGCGAGCGCCUGGCCAAGGCGCUGGUGGAGAAGGGCAUCCUGACCACGGAGAAGCAGAACUUCCUCCUCUUCGACAUGACCACGCACCCCGUGUGCAACGCCUCCGAGAAGCAGCGCCUGCUCAAGAGGCUCCAGGAGAGCGUCCUGGAGCGUUGGGUCAACGAGCCCCAGCGCAUGGAGCGCAGGACCCUGGCCCUGCUGGUGCUGGCCCACGCCUCGGACGUGCUGGAGAACGUUUUUGCCAGCCUGGCCGACGACAAGUACGACGUGGCCAUGAACAGGACCAAGGACCUGCUGGAUAUGGACCCUGAGGUGGAGGCUGCCAAGGGCAAGGGCAUGGAGAUGAUCUGGGCCGUGCUGGCGGCCUUCAAUAAGUCCUAGAAGCUCUCCUUGGUGGGUCCCAUCAUGGGCUUCCACCCUGGGGUCUCCCCAGAAGAACCUGGACUUAGAAGGUGCUAAGGGCAAAGGCACAGAGAUGAUCUGGGCCAUGCUGGUGGCCUUCAAGAAGUCCUAAACCCCUCCUCACAUGGGAUGGGGGAGAUCCUUGAUGGGUCCCAUCAAGGGGACUCCACACCCUACAUGGGGUCCUACCAAGGGGAACCUCUCUCCCCAGAAGGACUUGGACCUGGAACGUCCCAAAGGCAUGGCCACAGAGAUGAUCUGGGCCAUGCUGGUGGCCUUCAGUAAGUCCUAAACCCCUCCUCACAUGGGAUGGGGGAGAUCAUUGAUGGGUCCCAUCAAUUGGACCCCUCUCCCCAUGGGGACCUGCAGUUCCUGGGGCACUGGGUGGGCUCAGCCUGGGGAGGGACCAGGGGAUUUUUGUUUUUCCCCUUCCCAGGUAGGGUUGGGAGGUGAGAACCCACCACCAGCACCACCACCAGAGCCUCGUGGUGCCUCCAGGGAGAGGUGGCAGCAGCUCUUCACUCCUUGGGCAUUUCCUUCUGAGGCCAGCGCAGAGCCGGGGGUGGCAGAAUUGGGGUGGCAGAGUUUGGGGUGCCCCAGGAGCUGCUCCAAGAGGCCAAACCCUGGCACAGACAGGACUCCUGGGUGCCUCUCCCACAUCCAGCUCCAGCUCUGGGGUGCCCAUGAGGAGCUCACACCCUCCUGGGAUGGUUUGGCGGUGUUGGGCACCCAGAGCCCCCCCAGGCUGUGCCCUCAUGGCUCAGCUGCUCUUUCUAGUAAGAAGAACCAAGUGAAACUGUGAUUAUUUUUGUUCACAACCUUCUUCCUUCCUUCCUCCCCCACUUGAUUCUCCUGUAGUUCACUUAAAACUGAAUUAUUUCUCUGCA